AUGGAGGCACAGCACAAGCUUUGUAUAGAACUGCACGAAGUUGGCUGGGACGUUGAUGGGUUCGUUGAUGCGUGGCGAGGCGGCGACUGGCAAGAUCUCUUCACCGCUCACUAUAGUGACUUCAGAGGGCCUCGCCAGCAGGCCAUCUCGCUGGCUUUCGUCGUGAGUUUCCAAAUCGAGAUUGAUAUCGUGGACACGCUUGGCUCAGGCGCAAGAGAUGUCAUUACAGCUCUAGUCGACAGUGCUACGCGGGCAAAGAUGUCUUUUAGUGAGCUUGACGAGCUUUUGAAGCAAUUGAAGCCACUCUUCAAGAAUUGCGUUGAUAAAGCUAUUAGUGCUCUACGGCGAACCACAGGAGAUAUUCCCGACGUUUCAGUUGACGAGUUGUCAGGGAGAGCGAUUGAUGUGAUACCGACCCUUGGCGCAGCGUACGCGCACAACACGAUCGGCAAUCUGCAUAGCACCGGAGUGGAUCUUCUGAACAUUGGCAGGAUCGGAGUGACAAUAGCGCACCUCUACACCGCUUGCAAAUCCUCUGGUCUACUAUCCGAGAGCUGGCAAGACAUGGCCUAUUUCAUCGAGGCUCAAGGCGCGUCAUCUCUUGGCCUCCUAGACGUGAGCCAUACGCCGCGGCAAGCACUCGCGGUGGCGAAGAGCUUUGGACUAGCAAUGGGAGUUAAGGCGCACCAGUACGUCGGGUCUAAGGCCUAA